GGGAGCGGACAGGAUAUUUCUCGGAGGAAGGAAAACCUGUGAUUCGUCUACCCAGAUUUCUAGCUCAGGUGUUUGUUUGAUUAAAGGGUUUCGUUUUUUGUGGGGGAGGGAGGAUGAGUUCAAUGAGCAGAAGCAGAAGCCGAAGUCGUGAUCGGAGUCGUAGUCGGAGCCCGAGAGACAGGAGGAUGAGAUCUGAACGAACUUCUUACCGUGAUGCUCCUUAUAGAAGGGACCGGGAGCCACGUCGUGCUUUCAGCCAAGUGAAUCUCUGUAACAACUGCAAGCGUCCUGGUCACUUUGCAAGAGACUGUUCUAAUGUCUCCGUCUGUAACAACUGCAGCCUUCCAGGGCACAUUGCAGCGGAAUGCACUGCAGAAUCACGUUGUUGGAACUGUAGAGAACCAGGUCACGUAGCUGGCAACUGUUCAAACGAAGGAAUCUGCCACUCGUGUGGCAAAACCGGACAUCGAGUGAGAGACUGCCCUAACCCGGUUUCUCGGCCUGGAGACUCAAGGCUAUGCAACAACUGCUUCAAACCGGGCCAUCUCGCUGCUGACUGCACAAACGACAAGGCGUGCAAGAAUUGCAGGACUUCAGGUCACAUAGCUCGUGAUUGCCAGAACGAUCCAGUGUGCAACAUCUGCAACAUCUCUGGACAUGUUGCUAGACAAUGCCCAAAAGGGGACAGCAAUUACUCUGACAGAGACAGAGGAACCAGGCUUCGAGGCGUUGGUAUGCAAAGAGAUGGUUUGAGCAGAAUGGGCAGAGACAAUGGUAUGCAAAGAGAUUCUUUGAGCAGAAUAGGCAGAGACGGCGUUGGCUCUAUGGUAAUAUGUCACAACUGUGGUGGCCGAGGACACAUGGCUUUUGAGUGCCCAUCUGCUCGAAUCGCUGACCGUGGAUUCCGCCGGUACUGAAGUUCUAAAAUCUACCAAUUGAAGUUCCAUUGUUCUUCAUGAUCUUGAGGUUUAUUUUUGGUUAUUCUGUAGCUUUGCUCUCUUGUUUUAGUUGCUACGUUGUUGUUUACUUUUGUUUUUGUUUUUGGCUACUGGAGUGAGUCAAAGCUGGUUUUAGGGAAAUUUGAUACAUUGCUUGUGUCGUAUGAAUUAUUGAAUACAUUAGCGUGAUGCUGAGAUCUGAAAAUCUUUUAUUAUUAGAAA